GGCGAUACCGCGCGGUGGCCGCUGAGGGCCGGGCGCGUCGCCGGGGUCUCGCGCGUUGUUGGGGGGGAAAACUCUGGUCACCCCUGACCUCCCUGUAGCUGUGGGAUUAGGGGAAGGUCGUCUCGAGUGUCACUUUGCCGGGUUUGUGGGCAGUCACCGGUGAGACAGGACGUGCCAGCUAGCUCCCGGUCGAGUGAAACUUGGAAGCAUUCGAGGCAGGUGCGUUCCCGGGAACCACCAAGGCCGAGGGCGCUCCCCGCCCCCACGCGUGGCGCGGGUCUGAAAUGCUGAGCUUCCUGAGACGAACGCUUGGCCGAAGGUCUAUGCGCAAGCAUGCUGAAAAGGAGCGUCUCCGAGAGGCACAGCGUGCGGCCACACACAUUCCUGCGGCUGGGGAUGCCAAGUCCAUCAUCACAUGCAGGGUGUCCCUUCUGGACGGUACAGAUGUCAGUGUGGACUUGCCGAAAAAAGCCAAAGGACAGGAACUGUUUGACCAAAUCAUGUACCACCUGGACUUGAUUGAAAGUGACUAUUUUGGUUUGAGAUUCAUGGAUUCAGCCCAAGUAGCACAUUGGUUGGAUGGUACAAAAAGCAUCAAAAAGCAAGUAAAAAUUGGUUCACCCUAUUGUCUUCAUCUUCGAGUUAAGUUUUAUUCCUCGGAACCAAAUAAUCUUCGUGAGGAGCUAACCCGGUAUUUAUUUGUUCUUCAGCUAAAACAAGAUAUUCUCAGUGGGAAGUUAGAGUGUCCCUUUGAUACAGCAGUUCAGUUGGCAGCUUAUAAUCUGCAAGCUGAACUUGGCGACUAUGAUCUUGCUGAACAUAGUCCUGAACUGGUCUCUGAGUUCAGGUUUGUGCCCAUCCAGACUGAAGAGAUGGAACUGGCUAUUUUUGAGAAAUGGAAGGAAUACAGAGGUCAGACACCAGCACAAGCAGAAACCAAUUACCUGAAUAAAGCCAAAUGGCUAGAAAUGUAUGGUGUUGAUAUGCAUGUGGUCAAGGCUAGAGAUGGCAAUGACUAUAGUUUGGGACUGACUCCAACAGGAGUCCUUGUUUUUGAAGGAGAGACCAAAAUUGGCUUGUUUUUCUGGCCCAAGAUAACUAGAUUGGAUUUUAAGAAGAAUAAGUUAACUCUAGUGGUUGUGGAAGAUGAUGAUCAGGGCAAAGAACAAGAGCAUACCUUUGUCUUUAGAUUGGAUCACCCUAAAGCCUGCAAACAUUUAUGGAAAUGUGCUGUGGAGCACCAUGCCUUCUUCCGCCUCCGAGGACCUGUCCAAAAGAGUUCCCAUCGGUCGGGAUUCAUUCGACUAGGAUCCCGAUUUAGAUACAGUGGAAAAACAGAAUAUCAGACCACAAAAACUAAUAAAGCAAGAAGAUCAACCUCCUUUGAAAGACGGCCCAGCAAGCGGUAUUCCCGACGGACACUGCAAAUGAAAGCCAGCACAACACAACCUGAAGAUCUUGGUGUUCUUAAUGCUUCAGCUCAGAAAAGUGACUCCCAACAGGCUUGGGGUGUGAUGUCUUCUGUGCCUGUUACUUCUUCCUCAUCCUCUGGUCCUGUGCUGGUGGAGAUAGAGAAUCUUCCACAGACCUCUGCAACAGACCAACAUGACAGGAAAUGCUUGCCCCCGAGCGUUGAUUUGCUCAAUGGCCCAGACUUACUAGAAACAACCAUUGGUGAUGUAACAAGGACGUCAGAGACUUCGGCACCAUUCCCAGCACCAGAUAACAUUAAUGUAGCCACCAGGUCAAUCGAAUUAGAGGAGUUCAAAGCUGAAUGUGAGACAUUAAAAGAUGACACAGAGAAACUUAAACAGCUUGAAACAGAGCAGACUAUCUUGCCAUCUCUUCGACCUACCAUUGACAUUAAUGUCAACAGCCAGGAAGAAGUGGUAAAGUUGACUGAGAAAUGUCUUAAUAAUGCCAUUGAGAACCCAGCAUUGAAUGCCGUAAAGGUUCCUCCUGACUUCAAGAGUAAUAUUUUGAAAGCUCAAGUAGAAGCCGUGCAUAAGGUUACAAGAGAAGAUAGUUUAUUAACUCAUAAAAAUGCCAGCGUUCAGGAUGCUGCCACAAACAGUACUGCAUUCAAUGAAAAUGAUGUGCCCGUCUGUAAAGAUUCCCUCACUCCAGUGCAUGGCACAGCUGCAGACAGUGACUCUGUACUAAAGGAUGCUACUGAUGAACUGGACGCCUUACUUCUUUCUCUGACUGAGAAUCUGAUGGAUCACACAGUAACACCUCAGGUGUCUUCACCAUCCAUGAUCACACCCCGGUGGAUUAUUCCACAGAGUGCCACCAUCUCCAAUGGGCUUGCAGGGUUUGGAGCAUCUUUGGCCGGGACAGAUGAAUGUGGUCAGAAAGAUGGAUUCUCACUGAUUUCCCCGCCAGCACCAUUCUUGGUGGAUGCUGUGACCAGCUCUGCCCCUCCCUUGCCUGAAGACUCAACCUUGAAGCAGAAGUGCUUGCUGACUACUGAGCUCUGAGGGCCGCUGCUCCCCACCUGUAACUGGAUUGCCCCACACCGCCCCCAGUCAGCCCUGGAUCCAUGUGUCCUUUACUUGGGGAAAACCUUCUACCAGGAUUUGACUUUAACUCCACAAUGAGAGUAGCUACAUUUUCCGUCCAACUGGAAGUCUACCCCACAUAACUGCUUAACUGAAGAUACCUCCUCCUCUUCCUGUAACUGUAUUUGCAUUGCCAAUUCCUGAAGCAAUGAAGGUAACUAGUUUCCUGCAAACUGUUGGCUCCACCUAGCGGUUGCAACUGUUUAUAGCUUAGAGCAAGGCUUGCUGUUUCCCUGGGAUGUCAGGGGAGCACACCUGAGCUGAGAGCCUGCUGGAGAAAUGCGUGGCACUUUCCUGUGCAUUCCCUGGAAAUGAGAAUUAGAAAAUGGAUGGAAACACUGUGUGGCUAGAUCCCAGGCCAGCUCCUGCACAGUUGCUAGGAUUCUUGGAGAAGCUGAGAACAUAGAGGGGUGAGGCUGUCACCCAGACUUUGAAUUCUGAGCAGUAAUGACCUUACACCAAAGGUAAAUGUUAUCUUUGGAUAACUAGAGAGAGGUUCAGUCUCUAGGCAUGAACUCCUCAGACCAGUUUUCCUAUUGGAAGCACCUAAACCCCUCGCCUGUCUUUAACUUUGCAGCCUGGGAGGGAGCAAGUGUCAGCUCAGAGACCCGAGACUGUGCUCCUCUUGCUGAGCCAGUGGGGAAUGCGGCCCUACUAGGCUUACCAAUUGGAAAGUCAGGACCUGUUUAGACAUAGCCUCCAGUUCCUUUUGGUGUAUACUGUGUGAGCUUACAGCUUCCAAGCUGAAAGGAAAAGAAAAAUACCUGGCAGAAAUGGGGAAUGCCUGUGAGAGGACUUGGGUUCUUGAAUGAGUAUAACAAAUGAAGUCAGUUUUACAUAGGGGUUUUGUAUUCAUUUUAAAGUCCUCUAGAAUCCCCCAUUCCUUUAGCCUGUACCAAAAAAAAAAAAAAAAUGAUGAUGUUAAAGUAGUACCCAUCCAUCAUAGAAAAGUGUAUGGAUAUGAGAAAUGACACUGAAGUAGCUUUACCUGCUUAGGCUGAAAGAUCAGGCCUCACUUGCUGUGGAGAUGAGGGUGAUGUGCAGACAGUGGUGGUGCCAGUAGUGUUGCACUGAUGCUAAGCUGUGUCCCCUGGAGUUUGUUCGGCUCUCUGCCCAGCAUGUGAUGUGUACUCAUUCUUGCUUCUCAGUUAAGAAGACACCCAGCUCUGUGGUCUUUAAGGGGCUGUGAUUUGAACUACCCUGGCUUCCUUGUGGCAUAGCUUGUGCUCAGGCAAACACUAAUGUCUUGAUUGGGAAGCCCAGGGGGUUCAGUUUCACAGUGUCCAGAGGAGCUGGACAGUUUAGAAACUACCUUUGCUAAACAGUCUGCUAGGGAGUUGUUCUUCUUGCUGGCUGUCUCCCCUUUGCCAAUAGUGUAGCUUGUGUGAUCGUCGGCAGUGUUUUUGCCAGUCCUGAGUGAUAAGACAUUUCUUACAGGAUGACACUUAGAAUUGGGGCUUGACCCAGGCACACUACACUGGGUUUCAGAUUUCUAGUGUCUGGAAGUUCUGGAUGGCCUGCAAGGCUAGCUGUUCUGCUAACACACAGCCAAGACACGGCGGCUUAGAGGGCCUAAAUGUCCUGUUCUGCUUAGGAGCAAGCACUGUCCCUUCAAGAUUGAGUCCAUAUGAGUAUCCCAUAACAUUUUUGUCUCCAGGUACCUGAAUUCUUACUAGUCAAAAUAUUUGCUAGUGACUUGGUUAGGAUUCACUUGAAUCCCAGUAAAAAGAAAUCCUAUGUCCUACUGUCAAGUGGUAAGCUUAGAAGUACAUAUUGAGUGACAUAUUUUCCCUGACAGAUUAGACACUGUUAUAUGUUUCCUGUGCUGUUACAGUAGCAGUACUCUGCUCCUUUGAGAAUGGUAGUGUCUAAUGAGACAGGCCUGAGGGUGCCUGUGGGAGCAGUAGAGGCAGGGCAAGUCCAUGAGACAGUGAGAAUGCUGACAGAGGGAGGCCGAGUCAGGAAGAUGGGUAGCUGCCGGCCGUGUGGGUUUAUGGCACAAUGGAGAUAGGGCCAAAAGGCUGGCCCGCUACAAACCUAGGGAGGGAGAGAGGGAUCCGGGCAAGGUUUGUACGGUGUCCCGGCUGGGGUAGGACUUGGCAUGGCAGUUUCCAGUAAGAUGGGGAUUAGUUAGGAGUCCUAGGCUCCACCUCAGCACUUAGGAAGGCAUGUGAGGGAGGGAUCUGGACACUGACAGCUUCUGGGUAGCAGCUCCGUUCAACACAGAGGACUCACAGUUACCUCACCCCUCUCCUCAGCAGAUGGUCUCCUUCGCAUUCCACUUUGCUUUGAGAAAUACUUUUUACAGUCCUGCUGGCGGACUAGGGUACUUGCUUUGCACAGGCUUAGCUGUCCUGGGCAUGUCAGGGGCUGAGAUCUCGGAGUUGUUACUAGCAUCUCCUGCUUGUUUUUCUCAGUUCUGGCUAAAGCUUGGAUCUCUCUUCUCUUAACUGAGCCCCAGAAAACUGCUGUCCCUUGCUCGAUUGCUAGGCACUCAACUGAUGAAAAAGUUUAUUUUUUUUUCUUUCCUUCCUUCUUUCUUUGUUUCUUUCCUUUUUUUUUCUGUGUAGCUCUGGCUGUCCUGGAACUUACUCUAUAGACCAGGCUGGUCUCAAAAUCAGAGAUCCUCCUGCCUCUGUCUCCUGAGUGCUUCAUUAAAGGCUGUGCCACUACACCUGGGAACAUAGUUUCUAAGAAAGCUUCUUGUCUUUUCAUUUGGCAGGUAUCCUGUUCAUUUGUUGUUUUGUGUUGUUUUACUUUGGUUGUUUAGACAAGGUCUCACUGUGGAGCCCAGGAUGGUCAUAACUCCCAGCAGUCUUCCUGCCUCAGCUUUCCAGGGGCUGGAUUUUCAGUCAUGAACCAUCGAGCCUAGCAUAGACUUGUUCUGACAAGUUUUCUGUUUGGUUGGCUUUGGUUUUAAGUUGCUAGGUCAGAACCAGAAUUUGGACUGGGAAUGGUGGCAUGUCUUUAAUCCCAUCACUCUCUGAGCUGCAGGCAAACUAAGGCUACAUGGUGAGGCCCGUGUCUCACUCGGCCACUGAGCUAUUGUCCCCAGACCCAUUAAGUUUGUUCUAUAGAGAGUUCUAUAGAGAUAACAGAUACUUCACCAAUCAGUUUUCUGCUGGUGCUGCGCAGCAUCAUCAGAGGCAGCACUCAGCAUCGCUGCAUUCACUGCAGCUGAUUCACAGUGCUGCUUCCCAGCUCUGAGCACAGGAGAGUGAUGCCUGCAGUCCAUGGUCUGCAGCACUAGCAGCCACUCAGGCAGCCAGCACUUGAGGACAUUGUGUCGAGUUGUCCACAGGGCUGCAAGGAGAUUGUGGGUCUCAUCUGUGAAUGUCUUGGACCUAUUAUUUGAUCCAUCUCUUGGCCAUCCAGUUGACUGGAAAUUUGCAUACAUGUAUGUAAUAAAGAAUGUGGGUUUAUAGAUCAUUGAUGCUUUUUUUUUUUUUUUCUGGAAAAAAAUUAAACUUGGGUUUGGAUGGUCAGGAUGAACUGGAAACAUUCCUAUGUUGCCAGGAUGGGGAACUGGGUUUGCACUGUGGAGACUUGUCCUGAGCUGUGCUCUGCUGUGUGCACUUCUGGUGGGACUGCUUAUCUUCUUCUUUAUUGCAUUGUUGGGGGUGAUAGCCACUAAUUCUCAGGAUUCCUUCUAUCUGUGUGUGUGUGUGUGUGUGUGUGUGUGUGUGUGUGUGUGUGUGUGUGGUUUCAUGGAACUCUGUACUCUCUCUGUGCUCACAUCUGGAUACAAUAGAUGAUUAUGAGGAUUCACCAGCUAUUUUGUGUUUACUUUUUCUACAUGUUAAGCUCUGCAGUAGCUUUGGAACUGUAAUUUAUUUUUGUAUCACAUGCACUAUAUUCAGUGACUUCCUGUUGUAUGUUGCUUGUAUUAGAAGCACUGCAGUGAACUGUGAGUUGUCUGUACACUGAACAAGAACUCUAGGUAUGACCCAUUGCAAUAAAACUUCCAUGA